UUCUGGGCUCGUGAAAAAACAAUGUAUGCGCAAGCAAAAUUAAGCAAAUUGAUAUGUAUGACUUCCACGCACAGUUUUGCUACUUAGAAAGAGAAAGCAGAGAGAGAAAAGCAGGAGAGGGGGGUCGAGUUUCAGACUGUUGUUGUAGUCUCUGCAACUUUCUAACGUUAGCUUUUUAUCUCUCUUUUACCAGCUGUUUCAGAGAUUGGAGAGCCUUUUAUGUGGAAAUUAUGAGAGGGCUUGUCAAAGAGAGGAAAUUGAUUCAAAAGGUUUGAGUUUUGGAUCAAUGGGUUGGAAGAGAUCUGCUAUAAAUGACCUGGAAUUGGAAAUCUAUGCCAAGGUCUUUGUGGGGUUUAUUUUGAUCUCUGCAGCGCAAAUUUCGCGUGGUUACACUAAUCCUGCUGAUGUUGCUGCAAUUAAUAAUUUAUAUGCUGCUCUGGGAUACCCUACUCUUCCUGGAUGGGUUCCUACUGGUGGAGACCCAUGCGCUGAUGCUUGGCAAGGUGUUCAAUGUAACAAUACAGACAUAAAUUCAAUAAUUCUAAAUGGUGCUAAUUUGGGAGGAGAACUGGGUGAUAACUUGGGAUCGUUUUCUUCUAUCAAAGCAAUUGAUCUGAGCAACAACCACAUUGGCGGUAGUAUUCCAGCCAGUCUGCCCCUUACCAUGCUGAACUUUUUCCUUUCAGAUAACCAGUUCACUGGAAGCAUUCCAAGUUCUUUAGCCUCUCUAAGUCAACUGUCAGCUAUGUCUUUGAACGACAACCAGUUGACUGGAGAAAUACCUGAUUCUUUUCAAGGCCUUACAGGGUUGAUCAAUCUAGAUUUAUCCAGCAACAAUUUGAGCGGGCAUCUGCCACCCUCGUUAGAAAAUUUGUCAUCUCUAACCACCCUCCGUUUGCAGAACAAUCAGCUUACUGGGACCCUUGAUGUUUUACAAGAUCUUCCCCUCAGAGAUUUGAAUAUAGAGAACAACCUCUUCUCCGGACCUAUACCUGUCAAGUUGUUGAGCAUCCCCAAUUUCAAAAAAGAUGGGAACCCAUUCAACUCUACUGUUGCUCCAUUACCUCCACCUGAAUCACCUACAUCAUCAAUACCAACACCACCUCUUUCUGGGGCACCAUCUUCCGAACAAAUACCUGGGAAACAGGCUGAUGGACCAUCUGCACCAGAGGAAUCAAAUUCCAAAAGUUCAAAAAAGUUUUUUACUACUAAAAGGACAGUCUGGAUAUCAAUUGCGGCAGUGUUGUUAUUUAUAAUUCUGCUCUUAGCACUUGUGCUUUUUAUGCCAAGAUGUUGCAGAAGGUUGCAAGAUAUUGAUAGGAUUUCCAAGCGGCAAGAAAUAGCUCCAUAUACUGGCAGCAGAGAUAACACCAUUGAUAAUGGAUCCUUAGUCCAACCAAGCAAUCAAACGGAGAAAGCUCCAAAAAUGGCAGUUGGACCAAAGGAGGAACAUCAAACAGGGCCAAGAAAAAUUAGUAAGAUCCCCAAGCCACAUAAUGAGCAGGAGCUAAAUGUGCAAAGACUGAGUGCAAUACCGAAACAGGACAGUCAUGAGAUAGAUAUGGGCAGAAUAGAUAUUGAUUCGAUGCUACCGCCGCCGCCACCUCCCCCUCCACCACCACCACCACCACCACCACCACCACCACCUGCUUAUUUUGAGAAGGUCGUUGUAAAGCCAAUUGUGCCUGCUGAAGUAACUACAGGGAAGAGUUCCACCAAACCUCUGAAUUUUCCAACUUAUGUAAAGUCUUACACAAUUGCAUCUCUUCAGCAAUAUACAAAUAGCUUUUCUCAAGAAAAUCUUAUUGGAGGCGGCAUGCUGGGAAGUGUUUAUAAAGCUCAGCUUCCUGAUGGAAAGUUGCUAGCUGUCAAGAAAUUGGACAAAAGGGCUUCCAGUCAACAGAAGGAUGAUGAGUUUCUUGAUCUUGUAAACAGUAUCGAUAAAAUUCGUCAUGCUAAUGUUGUCGAGCUCAAGGGUUAUUGUGCAGAGCAUGGUCAAAGGCUUCUGAUCUAUGAGUAUUGCAGUAAUGGGACACUGCAAGAUGCACUGCACUCAGAUGAUGAUUUUAAGGAGAAACUUUCGUGGACUACCCGCAUCCGGAUGGCACUCGGAGCUGCAAGAGCCUUGGAGUAUUUGCAUGAGGUUUGUGAGCCCCCUAUUAUUCACAGAAACUUCAAGUCUGCCAAUGUUCUUCUUGACGAUGAGCUUGCUGUACAAGUCUCCGAUUGUGGUUUGGCUCCUUUAAUAUCAUCAGGCUCUGUGAGUCAGUUGUCAGGACACCUCCUAUCAGCUUAUGGUUAUGGUGCUCCAGAAUUUGAGUCAGGAAUUUAUACUUCCAAGAGUGAUGUUUACAGUUUUGGAGUAGUGAUGUUGGAACUACUAACAGGCAGAAAGUCACAUGACAGGACACGGAAUCGUGGGGAGCAAUUUUUGGUCAGAUGGGCGAUCCCUCAGCUUCAUGAUAUUGAUGCAUUGGCAAGGAUGGUUGAUCCUUUUCUCAAUGGAGAAUACCCUGCUAAAUCAUUAUCACACUUUGCCGACAUUAUUUCCCGGUGUGUUCAGCAAGAGCCAGAGUUUAGACCUCCGAUGUCUGAAGUUGUUCAGGACCUCAUAGAAAUGAUACGGAGGGAGUCUCCAAAUAGAUGAUGGGAACUGGGAGAUUAAUCGAUACAGACCGGUGAUCUCAGUUCUCAAAUAGUGAAGCUCAUGAUUAGCAAAGGUCUAGAAAUUUCAUUUGGUCGAUAUUAACCCAGGGUAUUUAGGCUGCAGACUUGAUGCUGGUGAUAACACAUCCCACAGUUCAUAGACCAAGGGCACACCUAAAUGGAGUUUGAUGAUAACCAGCUGCAGAACCUUUUGAUUGGUCCUCCUGAUUCUUCGGGUUAACUGUUUGCAAUCCAUUCUAUUGUUCAUUUAAACUAUGUGAUGAAAGCUGUGCUGCAUAAAUGCGCUGCUAAGCCCAUUAUUUCGUAAUUAUUCCUUACCAUUAAUUCUUGAAUGAAAUUUUUUUAUGGUUUGCCUUUGUGAUUAUUAUUGCAAUAUAUUUUUAUUGAUUUUGCCGA